AUGACGUCCAGAGUUGUCGUUACCGGGCUUGGAGCCCUCACACCAUUAGGCAAAACUGUACAGGAGUCCUGGACAAACUUACUGCGUGGAAAAUCCGGGAUUCGUCCUGUUUCAGAGCUACCUGACUUCAAAAAUUACGAACCACACUGUCCUGCAAAUGUUGGUGUAGGUAACAUAACUGGGUUUGAUGCCAGUGAUUAUGGUCCACUUUUCACUUCUCAAGAUCUCAGAAGAAUGAGUCUUUUCACCCAGUUUGCGGUUGUGGCCGCUCAAGAGGCAUUGGACGAUGCUGGCUUACUGCAUAAGCUGAACGAGAUCAAUUCCGAAAAGUUUGGUUGCGUUAUAGGGUCGGGAAUAGCCUCUAUCCAGGACAUGUACGAUUCGAUUCUGGGAUUUGAUCGUGGGAAAAAACUUGCGCCAACUUUUGUACCGAAGAUUUUGGCCAACAUGGCAUGCGGUAACGUCUCAAUAAAAUUUCAGCUCAAGGGAGUCUCCCAUUGUGCGUCAACCGCUUGUGCAACCGGGAACAAUGCAAUUGGAGAUGCAUAUAACUUCAUCAGACUCGGUUACAAUGAUCUUUGUCUCGCGGGCGCCAGUGAAGCUUGUGUCCAUCCUUUAGCGCUUUCGGGCUUUUUGAGAGCCAAAAGCAUAACAACGGAUGGAAUAUCUAGACCAUUUGAUGCCCGUAGGAGUGGAUUCGUUCUGGGAGAAGGCGCAGGGAUAUUGGUCUUGGAAUCCUUGCAACACGCGCAAAAGAGAGGCGCUCACAUUUACGCAGAAGUGGAAGGGUACGGGUUGUCGAGCGACGCUCACCACAUAACGUCACCAUCUGAAAACGGGGAAGGCGCUAGUCGAGCCAUGAAGAUGGCCUUGAAUACGAUUGAUCCUACACAAGUGGAUUAUGUAAAUGCACACGCCACUUCAACGAUCCUGGGCGAUAGAGCCGAAUUGCAAGCGAUCACCCAGAUAUUCGCAAAUGAUCCCCGAGACUAUCGUUUGAAAGUCUCAAGUAACAAAGGAGCCAUAGGUCACUUGUUGGGUGCAGCAGGUGCUGUUGAGAGCAUUUUCACAAUAAAAUCAUUGCAAGAUGGUGUGAUACCGCAUACACUGAACCUGGAGAAAGUUGGCGGCGCAUCCGGCGAUCAUUUGGAGUCUUGGCAACAAUUGGACCUGGUGAAGGGGAAGCCGGACUCACAAAAACUACGGUACGCACUCGCAAACAGUUUUGGCUUCGGUGGUAUCAACUCGUCUUUACUUUUUAGAAAAUGGGAACGUUAA